AAGAAGAAUCCCUGUGAUGACGCAGAAUACUAGCGCCGGAAAAGCUUGCACCUCAAGUUAGCAUUAUUAGCCUCUGUUUCGACAGCUUUUAACAAGUUCUCAGCUGAUGGUAACGGCUGAUUAUUAGGAGUAGAUGGUCCAGCGGCCGCGCCUGUGCUCAGGAGUUUGCUCUAGACUCAGCCGACAGUCGACAUGGCGGCGGAUUUAUCAACAAAUCUUCUGACAGAGGAGUUGAGGCACAGUAAUGGCGGCUUUACAGCUCCCGAGAGUCUGUGCUGGCCGUCAUUGCUGUCCUGUCUGCUUCUCGCCUGCUCCUAUGUGGGCAGUUUGUACGUGUGGAGGAGUGACCUACCCAGGGAUCACCCGACUGUGAUCAAGAGACGCUUCACUAGUGUCCUGAUUGUGUCAGGCCUGUCACCUGUCUUUGUGUGGACAUGGAGAGAAUUCACAGGCAUCACGACUGACUCUUCAUUACUUGCUCUCAUGGGGAUCCGGUUUGAAGGCCUGAUUCCUGCUAUCAUACUUCCCCUGUUUCUUACCAUGGUCUUAUUUUUGGGCCCGCUCAUGCAGCUGGCCAUGGACUGCCCCUGGACCUUUGUGGAUGGCAUCAGAGUAGUCCUUGACCCUUACUUUUGGGCACUGUGCUUCAGUGAUAUGCGUUGGUUGAGAAACCAGAUCGUAGCUCCUUUGACAGAGGAGCUAGUCUUCAGGGCCUGCAUGCUUCCCAUGUUGGUACCGUGUGCGGGCCCGUCUCUUGCUAUCUUCACCUGUCCGCUUUUCUUUGGAGUGGCUCACUUCCACCACGUGAUUGAGUUGCUUCGUUUUCGACAGGGGACACUGUCUGGAAUUUUUCUGUCCGCAGUGUUUCAGUUCUCCUACACAGCAGUCUUUGGUGCCUACACUGCCUUUAUAUUCAUCAGAACAGGUCACCUGAUUGGUCCUGUUCUCUGCCACUCCUUCUGCAAUUACAUGGGGUUUCCUGCCAUCAGCACAGCAAUGGAGCAUCCCCAACGCCUCACUGUCCUUUCCUCCUACUUGCUUGGAGUCAUUCUUUUUCUCUUUCUCCUCUUGCCCUUCACCAACCCUUACUUCUACGGUUUCCCGACACCAGUCUGCACACUCAUCUCCUCCCUAAGUUCCCUCUGCCUCUCCUGAUCUCUGGCUCGAACUGUCACUUCAUGUGAACCAAUCCCCCUCGGCGUGCUACAACUUUGAAAAUAUUCCGAAGUAGCCAAGACCUCCAUCAAUCAUAUGAUUUGGCGGGCUGUCACCAGGCCUCUGGUCGGAUGUCUGCUAAAGUCAAGUACUUUACUUCACAGGAGAACAGUGACGUUGCUGCCCUGUCACUUUGAUGUGACCAGAUGAACGUGUAGACAACUAGGGGUGAGACGAUGUGCUUUGGUCACAAAAUGACCAACUAAAGUACAGUUUUGAUUUCUAUCACGAUUCUUGAUUAUUGUAAUAGUACAGGUAUCGUGAUUCCAUGUAGUUGGUAACUGCGAAUUUCUUCUUAAAAAAACAAACAAGUUGAAACAUACACUUGUAGAG